GGUCUUCUCCUGCCAGCCGCCAAUUUCACCUCAACACCCUCCUCCGCCUCCGGCUUCAGUCGCAAUGCAGACAUCCUUGCUAGCGAAGCCAGCAAACUUGGUCUGACCUUCUCAGCCCUAUCUCCUCAUUAUCCGCUGCUUCGCGAGACGCAGGAGACUCUGGCAGCUCUCAGCCUAAAUAGUCCGAGACCGGCCUCCCUUGGCGUGCCGCCCGUAACCCCUGCUGUCAGCGCUGCCGAACCGGCCUCUGUUCUGCUGCCACCAUCUACACCACAAAACUCCUCUCAUGAAUUUCUCAUAAACUCGCUGCAGAGAGCGUACGACGAACUACUGCGCCUCUGGGUCAAUACGCCGGUCGUCGACUGGUCCGACUUUGUCGGCCACACUGCUGAUCCCACCGUUGCCGUUUCCGCUACCUCAGAAAACCGGCGCACCGCCCUCGUGUUUGAUCCCGAUCUGCUGAAGCACGUGUGCCUCUGUCCGCAUGGCAACAAUCCACAAGUGCAUCCCGAGUGCCCCAUCCGCAUCAUCUCCAUCCUCGAGAGGGUGGCCAUCUCGAAAAUGCAAAUACCUAGUGGAUUGGUUAGUCGCGGUGCGGACUCCACCCUGCUUCCUGUCUCUUCCGAACCCAUCUGCCUCUCCGAGACCGUGCCUCUGGUCUUCUACUGUCGCAUUAUGCGUGUCUGUCCUCAGCCUCGAGUCUACUGCUGCUGCUCCAAGCCCAAGAAGCGUAAUACAGCUAUAGAUGUUUGA